AUGGAGGACUAUGCAGCCAGUUUUCUAAACGUCAUCGAAGAAGCGGCGAAUCCAGAAUCCGAGGGCCACGAAGAUGAGGGACAACACGAAGUGGAAACUGCUGACACCGCCGACGCCACCGUCGAUGCUGCUGACGCAGAGUCGGCAAAGAAGGGGAGGAGGGGCUUGCGCAAUGGCAUCUUCCGCGCUGCCAACAUUCAGGAUAAGCUUUUGGAAAAGCUCGUGUCCCAAGUAAUGCCUGCGGAGGAAGGACGUGGUCAUGUCCCGGAUAUCUCCGGCGAUGACAUACCCUUUGCCAAACGGCCAGGCUUUUCGCUCCCUCUCAUGACCACCAACUUUAGACGGUUCAAUGCCCGCAUCGGCGUCGUCUUCAAGUUUCAGGCCCGAGCAUUCCGCCUGCUGUCCUGGCGCCGGCCGACUCACACACUCUCCUUCCUCGCCGUCUACACCUUUGUGUGUCUAGACCCCUACCUCCUGUUCGCCCUCCCACUCGCCAUUUCCCUCUUCGGCAUCCUAGUGCCCUCCUUCAUCGCCCGCCACCCAGCGCCGACGCCAGACGCAGACCGCGUCCGGAACAUGAGCUAUUCCCCACGAGGCCCGCCCCUCGCGCCGGCGCGCACUGUCAAGCCGACCAAGGAGCUCUCGCACGACUUCUUCCGCAACAUGGGCGACCUACAGAACGUCAUGGAAGACUUCAGCGUCGCCCACGACAAGAUCGUCGCGCUGGUUGUCCCCAAGACCAAUUUCUCCGACGAGGCCCUCUCCUCAGCCGUCUUCGUGCUCUUGUUCGCCGGCUGCCUUAUCAUGCUCAUCGCAGCCCACCUCCUCCCGCUCCGCGCUCUGGCUCUCGUAGGCGGAUGGGCAGCCAUCUGGUCGGGCCACCCAACAGUAGCCAGGUUGCUGCAGCAAGCGAAACUCCAAUACCUCGACGCCCCUCCAUCCCCUGCCUCAGCAGCAGACCCCGUCCACCACCAACACCAACAACACCAAGACCCAACUAAACCCCCACCCCCCAACAACAAGAAACACCCCCUCCUCACCAACCCCACUCAAACCCUCCAAACCCUCAUAACCCAAGACAUCCACCUCGACACCUCCCCAGAAACCCGCGAAGUCGAGAUCUUCGAACUCCAACGCCAGGACCUCCCCACCACCACGGGACCCCCCUCCUCAUCACCCUCCCCCACCCCCGGCCACCCCACCUCCUCAACCUACCCCAACGAAUGGCAACCCUGGCUCUUCUCCCCCUCACCCUACGACCCGCUGUCCGCGGCACGACUGGCCAACGAGCGGCCCCGCGGCGCGCGCUUCUUUGAGGACGUGCUGCCGCCCCCGGGGUGGGUGUGGAGUGAGAAGAAGUGGGCGCUGGAUCUGUGGAGCCGCGAGUGGGUGGAGGAGAGGAUCAUCACGGGUGUGGAGGUGGAGACGGAGGGGGAGCGGUGGGUUUAUGAUAUGUGGAGUGAGCGGGAUGCGGGUGGCGGUAGUGGUGGGCAUGGAGGUGGUGGCGGUGGUGGGAACGGUGGGCUAGAGGCGGGGGAGGGGGAUGCGGUGGUUGUGAGGGAUCAGCAGCAGCAGCGGAAUCGGGAGAGGAUGGGGACGCCGGGGUUGAGUUGGGAGGAGGGUGAGGAGGGGAUGGGGAGGCGCGGGCAGUGGAGGAGGCGGCGGUGGGUGAGGUUGGUUAAGCGGAAGGGGGUUACUGCGUCGGGGUGA